GUCACACACCCUUGCACGUUGCGGCCGCCAAGGGGCAUGCGAGCGUUGUCGAGUCUCUUUUGGACGCCAACGCCAACGUCUUUGCGAUGACUACGGUACUUACUAAUCACAAAGUGAGCUCGACAUGUCUGUCUCUAGUCGGGCGAGACGCCAUUGAUGCUAGCAACGAACGAUCGCGUCCGCCCCAUUCUCAAACGUGUCGAAGCCAAAGCCAACGCGCAGCGUGGUGCGGAGCUCGUUGACGCCGUGUGCAAGCGAGACUACCGCCAGACAGUAGUGCUUUUGGCAAGCGACGUGAGCCCCAACACUAUGAGCGAUGAAGGCGACUCGCUCCUGCAUCUCGCUGUGCAACGCGACGACCACAAGGUUCUGGAUGCACUCUUGCGUGCGCCAGAUAUCAAGAUAGACGUCUGCAACUCGGUGUCAGAGACGGAGAUUGAGAUGGACAUUUCUAGUCCAUUGGGCGCCGGCGGCUACGGGGCCGUGUACAAGGGCAUCUACAACGACCGAUCCGUCGCCGUCAAGACGGCUGCCAACGCAUCGUCUGCCCAAGCAUUGGUUUACGAGAUGGAGACUAUGCAGAUGUGCAACUCGCCGUAUGUGCUGCAGCUGCUCGCGGUCUCGGGCGCCGGCACAUCGAGUCCCAAGCUUGUCCUGGAGUACAUGGACGCCGGCGAUCUUCGGAGCUACCUCGACGCCAAGCGACUUGGCCGGGCCACCAAGGUUGAUGUCUCUUCCCUUGAAGUGGCGUGGGUGCUUGCGAAUGCUCUUGCCGAUCUGCACCACAACGGACUUCUUCACCGGGACCUCAAGAGCCACAACGCAAGGGCACACCGUACUGGACUGCGCCAGAAGUGCUCACGUCGGGCAGCAACUACAGCUUUGCCGCCGAUAUCUACGCAUUUGGCGUCAUUUUGA